CUUACAGGAGCUCCCCCUAUAUCAAUUUUUAGAAACUCGCAAGAGUUCACUGUAGCAAGAUAACAAAACGAAGCUUGUCAGAAAUCACGGAGGGCUCCUCCCCCACCCUACUGGCAUUUUUUCCAGGGAAUUUAGGCUUUCAAACCCCUGAUAUGUUGAGUCUGUUUCUUGUCAAAAAAAGAAAAUAAUGUAGACUUGGGACAAAGGUAUAGCGGUGGUUUUGAUAGUCAUGAAAAAAUUAAUUCAAACCUACAAUUUGCAAUUUUUUGUUCUCAAUUUUGUUUCACAAAGUAAGCAGUUGAUAUCCCAGAAUUAGAGAGAGAAGGCUAAUAACAUGUGUGUAAUAUUUAAUGGGUUUAAUCUGUGUUUUCUAUGAUGAAUACAUCACAUUCACAGAUUAAAAAGAAAUGAACUGGUGAUUUGCGUUAUUAGAUAGGCUGUUUUCAACAUACUAAAGCUUGUUGCACACUUCGUGAGCUGAAUUUCACUCAUGACUGUUGGCGUAGGCUGUUUUCUCAAAUUUGUGGUGUCCUUUCCUGAGAUUUUCAUCAUGCGUGCCAUUGGUGCAGGAUAGAUGUUUUGUCCAUCACAGAUGUUUUGACAAUUGUUUGAUUUGUUUUGGCAGGUCACCAGACAUUGUCUUACAAUGUUGUUUUUGUGUUUGGUGAUGUUUUACAGAUGUUUGAUUCAUUUGGCCAGACCUUUGCACCAACAGUCACAAGUGAGACUCAGCUCAGCUGAUAGCUCAAGUUUGCACCAGGCUUAAUGACAGAUGUGUUAGCAAGGGCCCAUUGUUGAUGUUUUCAAAGGAAAAUUUAAGGUGAAAGAAUUUCAAUAAAAGACUAUUGACAUGCGCAGCCAUGAGCAUGAAUCCUAUCUGGGGGGUCUAUGAAAACAAACAAUGACAGCCACUACAAGCCUAAAGCUUUGGAAAAAAACUAUUUAUAGACUAAUACCACUAGUAACACUGUAAGCUGCCCCUGGCUGCAUGUGACUGUAUUUUGUCUGAUUUUAUCUGUUGAGUUUCAGAAUGAACCUUGUGUUGUGAUUUCAAAGGACAUUCAAUGAACAUUUUUUUUCUGGAGGGGUUUGCAUUCCUUCUAAAAAAGUGCCGAGGUCCAUUGAGAGUCAUUGCAAAAAAGGGAAGCAAAAACUUCUUUGCGAAUUUUCAAACUUUCAAUUGCAAAAUUAUUUCAAGAAAAUGAGAUGAAUGCAAACCAUGGAGAGAAACUAUUUAACAAAAUGUCACAUAGUGUACAAUUGACUUUGUGACACUAAUAUUGGUAAUGAAGUCAACUUGAACCAGGGAACUUGAACCGCAACUUGAACAAAGAAAAGAUUUAGACAAGAUGUUUUCGUUGGAGGGAGAAUUAAAGAUCCCUGACCAAAAAGUCAAAAGGCUCUAGUUUUUGAGUAAUGGUGCUUUCAUCAUGGAAAAUUCAUAAAAUACAGGGCUUUUUUGAAGUCUUUGCAUAUGUGGUCACGUCAAAAAGGAAGCUUCUAAAGGAGAACAGAAUUUUGACAUUGCCUGAAAGAUUUAACACGUUUAGAUAAAAGAAGCAGAUUUCCUUGCUUGCAGUUAUGCUGGUAAAAUCUGGAGGAAGAAGUCAUUAUGAAUGCAAAGACAUUGCGGUGAACCUUAAGAGCCUGGCAUUUCCAUCAUAAAAAUUCAAUAAAACAUGGUGGAGAGGACCAAUGUUUGUUUUCUUUGUAGGAGUGAGGCUCAAACACCAUGCCAGGUUGUCCAAAUUACAUGACAAAAAACAACAAAAAGGGAUUAAGGCAGAUCUUCAAAAGCAAGAACUGUUGAAGACUUCCUUUUAAAUUGGCUUUAGUUUUAAUCAAGCACUGUACCCAUGAAAUGUUAUUUGAUAUGAUUUUUGGAAUGUAUUUUUUGGAACUGCUUUUGACAGAAAAGGUGGCAAGAAAACCCAGUUGAUUUCGAUUCAGUUUUCAAUGAGUCCCGAAUAACCUUCUGCUGGGGAAGCACUGAUGUUUUGCCAAUGUUUGCUACCAAGGCUGCCAAAGACCACGUGAUAACAGCAACAUACAAUGAAGAAAUGGUUGACUUUGCUGACAAAAAAGGUUCCCGUCUUGAUGAUUGGGUAUUUCUGGAAGUUGAGAAGUUUUUUGAAAACGCAAGAUCGAACAAGACACUGCUUGGCCAGCUCAACAGCGAUAAAAUCGUUUUUUUCCUUCACCUUUUAGGUUUGGAUGUAAACGGACACGGAUAUCGACCACAUUCUCAAGAAUAUUUGAACAAUAUAAAUUCUGUGGAUUCAGGCAUCAAAAGAAUGAUGCAGAUAUUUGAGAGGUUUUACAAAAACGACAACAAAACAGCUUACAUAAUGACAUCAGAUCAUGGGAUGUCAGACUGGGGCUCACAUGGGAGUGGGCACCCCGAUGAGACCCUGACCCCCAUGGUUGCAUGGGGUGCUGGAAUACAAGGCCCUAGAAAGCACCGUGGAGUUUAUGGAAAAGAGAAGGAUUCAUUCUCAGAAACAUGGAAGCUGGAAGAUUAUGAAAGAUCAGACAUAAGUCAAAUCGAUGUUGCUGCAUUAAUGGCGACACUGAUAGGUGUUCCAUUUCCUGUUAAUUCCCUUGGUGUGUUACCUGUCAGUUUUUUGAAUGAAAGUGAACAAUUCAAAGCCGAGAAUCUUUUCAGAAACGCAAGGCAAAUACUAGCCCAAUACAAGCAGAAACAGCUGACUGUAAAAGAAAAUUCCUUUUACUUCAGACCGUUCGUGUUAACAGGUUCUCUUCAAGAAGAGUUUACGCGUAAUAUAAGCUUGUUGAUACGUGGCAAGAAGUUUGGAGAUGCAAUGGACGUAACGCGAGAUUUGAUACAGCUGGCAAAAGGCGGACUUCGUUAUUAUCACAGCCAUAGCACAAUUUACAUAGCAGUUUGUGUUACCAUCGGAUUUAUCGGUUGGAUUUUGCUUGUUGUAAUUGAAACAUGCAAAAAUUACACUGAUAUUGAUCUCCCUAUCAACCGAUUGCGAGCGAGGCUAAUGCCUAGCAAGUGGCUAUCAGUCGGCUUCGCAGUAGCAUCACUGUUUACAAUUACAGGUUUAAUGGCAACAUCUGCAAAGCUCAAUGAAUUUUUGUACUGCCUGAUGCUGCUGGCAGUGUUUUACCAAUUGUCUUUGGAUCGAUGGGCAGCUAUGAAGAUUUUCACUGCCGCCGUGAAUCGGUUUUCUGUAUUUAAGUUGGCCACAUUAAUGGCAGUUUUUGGCGUUGCACUAUCCCUUCUAGUGGCUGCCUUCACCUAUCGCGCAGUACUUUCUUUUAUUUUACUUAGUUUUGCGGUGUACCCCAUUGUGUUUAGGCGAACGGUAACUUUCUACAGUCUAGCUUGGCUAAUUGCAUGUUUGUUACUGUCAAUAUUCCCAUUGCUACCAACAUUAGGACGAGAGGAAAAUUAUGCAUUUGUCGCGUUAGCUGGACUUGCCAUUGCUUCCAGUACUCUCGUGUUUGCCUGUAACUUUGCAACUGGAACAAAGAAUUUAACCGUGAUGUCACUUUUGGUAACGGCUGUUGUAUUGUGUACCCUCUUGCGCCUGCAUACCUCGCAAAGCAUCGCUGCCAAAGAAGGACUGCCUGUUGUCAAUCAGAUUCUCAGCUGGGCUCUGGUUCCAACUUUACCAACUGUCGUACUCUUUUCGCAGAAGGAAUCUAUAACGAGGCUGAUAGCUAUACUAACAAGCCUCUUAUCCAUUUACUUGCUGACCUGUAUAUCAUAUGAAGGGUUCUUCGUUUUCAUUUUGGCACUCACAAUGAUUUUAUGGAUAAAGGUUGAGCAGCAAUUGAUGGAAUUCCCUUCAUCGCAUAUUGAUUUACAGAACAGAUCUUCAUCAAAGCUUUCUUCUGACCACAUAAGGAUAUCGUUUAUGUUUAUUUUCUUCAUUCUUCUCGCCUUCUUUGGCACGGGAAACAUCGCAAGUUUGAACUCGUUCGAUCCCGCGUCUGUAAAUUCAUUUAUAACAUUAUUCAGGCCGUUCGUGAUGGCCAGUGUUUUCUUCAUCAAAAUACUGAUCCCCUUGCUUCUUGUUUCUUGUGGCUUCAGUGCAAUGCAGAACACGCUACACGUGCAAGUGCGAGGAUUGUUCUACGUUGUCAUGGUGAUGACUGAUGUGAUGUCAAUUAUGUUCUUUUUUCUUAUCAAAGAUGAAGGGAGCUGGCAGGAAAUUGGAACGAGUAUCACCCAUUUCGUCAUUAUGUUAGCAUUUGUGAUAUUUCUAGUUCCGUUAUUCGAAAUCGGGUACAUGUUCACUGGGUCUGUAAGUUUUAAUGUGGAGAAAUAUCAUUUAAAUUAAUUUUGUGUACGUGGAUGAUCAUCGUCAAUUCUACCAGAGGCCACACCUCAGACCACACCGAAGACCACACCCGAGACCACAGCACUACCAGAGACGACCGUUGUCAAUUUCUGCAAAAUUCUUUGGAACCUUCAGGAAUCUUGAUGCGCCAGGAGUGUUUUUUUAGCAUAACUGAAUAGCCAAUUUAAGAGAACAUUCUUAAAAUCGUAUAGUUUAUAAUUUAUCAAUAUUUAAAGUAAAUGUAGAUUAUUUAAAAUCAACCAGCAAGAAAAAUUAUUUAUGGCUAAUCAACUUGGUAUUCUGUCUGUAUUGAUCUUUGUCAAAUCUGAAAACAUGGUCCCUUAAUGAU